CCCUAUUUCCCCUAAAAUGCCCCGUCUGUACGUCAUCUCUUUCAAAAACCUGGUAACCCUGGGUAGACCGUUGUCUGCCGAAUAUACUAACACCCUGUAUAUAGGUAUAUGAUGUACCUAGGUAGACAUUAAACAAUACACUCAUCGAUUAGUUUCUUUUAUUUUCAGCUGAAUACUGUAAAUAUUGUUGCACCUGUUAUUAAAUGGAUCGUUUUAUUAAAAACAAAUAGGUAUUGUUACAACCAUUUAACUUUCUACUUGAUUCGAUCUGAACUAGCUUAUCUUAUUCCACCCACCCCUAUAAAACAUCGUGUACCCGAGCGCUUAUACGGGCAGCAUUCUUUUAAAAGUGUUACGAAGAGUCAAAAAGUCGUCCUCUUUUUCUGGGGGGUCAACCACCCCACGAUACAGUGUGCACGUGUAUCCCCGUUUUAGUGCAAUCACCCAGCCGAGCAUUGUGGUAAUAUCGUAGGCAACACACCCAACACAGUGAAUUUGGGCCACUGUUCGAGCCCUCAAUGUAAGAGUUAAAAUCUAGUCGACCAGAUGUUCUCAAAUCACGUCUAAACGACCACCGCACCCAAUAUACAUCUGAACGUUUGGGCAUCCACAACUCCCAAGGUCACUGCGACUGUGUGGUGGUGGUAUUCUCAGCCAUAGUUGCGCGGGGCUCGCCGAGCUCCAUUUAGUUGGCAGAAGGGUGUGCACCACUGAUAGUUAUUGUUAACCCGCACACAAUUUUCCCCAAUGCACCCCACGGGCCCUUCUAGUAGUGAACUGUCAACACUGGUGGUGUGUUUUUACAUGUGCUGCAAGUAAACAAUUUGUGAGACGUCAGGCCCAGGCUUGUUAGUUGUUACAAGGACAAUUUAUUGCUGUGUUCCGGAACUAGUAAAUCCCUUUGCCAAUGUCAAGUCUACCUUAUCGAUACCACCCACAACAAAUCCCGUAUCACAAACCUGGUAUAGCAUCUACAGCUCCAGCCAUGUCUUCCCAACGUUUUUGUCUCAGGUGGAAUAAUCAUCAGUCCAAUUUACUAUCAGUAUUCGAUCAGUUACUUCACGAUGAAAGUUUCGUCGAUGUAACUUUAGCUGUCGAAGGACAGUUACUCAAGGCGCAUAAAAUGGUGUUGUCGGCUUGCAGCCCGUACUUUCAGGCUUUGUUUAUCAAUCAUCCCGAUAAGCACCCCAUUGUGAUAUUAAAGGAUGUACCUUAUACUGACAUGAGAUGUUUGUUGGAUUUUAUGUACAGGGGGGAAGUUAGCGUAGAUCAGGAUAGACUAACGGCCUUUUUAAGAGUGGCAGAAAGCCUGAGGAUAAAGGGUUUAACGGAAGUAAAUGAAGAAAAAUGUGAUAAUAUAGCUUCCUCGCUCACACAACAAAAUUUACAAAAUUUGCCAAAUUUACAAAGACUACAGCAAGGAAAGAGGUUCGGAAACAAUUUGAAUAUGUUAAGUAAUGCUUUGUUGCAACCGAAAAGGAAAAGAGGCAGGCCUCGGAAACUUUCUGGUUGUUCUAAUGGUCCAGAUGAUUACGACAAAGAUAUCGUGCAGGGCAGUCCGGAGAUGUUGGAAGUGAAGAUGGGAAUGGACAAUUUCACAGGCAAUAAUUCAGAUAGUAGUGUUAAAAAUGAAAUGGAUAUGGAUGACAGUAAGAUUAAAGAAGAAUCAGAGCCAGUAGCUGGGUCGUCAAAUGAACAUCCAGCGUACAACAAUAAAAUUUCUGAAGAUUUUCAUCCCGCGGAUUUGCUGAGCCAAAACCUCAUGACGCCCAAAACGGAACCCAAUGACAGCGGUUCAGAACCAUCAAAUCAGUUAUCGAACACACCGGAAUCAUCUCGAAUUAGCACCCCCGAUAACAUAUUGAAUAACAACAAUAACAUGACACCUUCAACUAGUGCUGUACCUUUACCAAAUAUGUCAAAUUUGCCGGCGAAUCUUACGAACUGCGCGACCAUGAGCGCGCCGUCGGGUAGGCAACCCACGAAGCGAAGAGUACGACGAAGGGCGACGUCCCAAAGUCAAGAUCCCGCAGAAGCUUUGACGGAAAUGUCCGUACGGGGAUUGAAUUUGUUCCGCUACGCUUCAAUAAACGAAGGAGUGUAUCAAUGCACAGAGUGUGCGAAGGUAGACGUUCAAAAAACGUUCAAGAACAAAUACAGUUUUCAACGACACGCAUUUUUGUAUCACGAAGGUCACCAAAGAAAAGUUUUCCCUUGUCCGGUAUGCCAGAAGGAGUUCUCCAGGCCCGAUAAGAUGAAGAAUCACAUGAAAACCGUACAUGAUUGCUUUAUGCCCAAAGACGUCGUUUUUCCACCGAUGGGUUUCUUCCCGACAAUGUAAAUUAAACAAGAAUUGAUUUCGUACUUGGUGCUUCUUUGAAAAAGUUAAGCAAUUUUUAUUAUAUCCGACAGAGUACAAGUUUUUAAAAUAUGUGAUUAACCUCUUAUGGUUAAAAAUAACCUGAAAGGUUUUUUUU